AUUUGUUUAUCUACAGGUAAACAGUUAUGUUGCAUUACUCAUGUAUAAUCAAUACAUCAUCACCACUUAGAAGACAUUUCUUCUCAUAUAAAAUCUAUUUUUCCAAGUUAUCAUAUGUAAAAUUGAAGAAAGAAGAAAACUCACUUGAUGUGGAUCCACCUUUAAAACGUUACAGAAAUUCUACCUCCAUUAUACGUGCAUUAAUUUCAUGCGUUCAACCUGUUCCAGAAGCUCCAAAUUUCUAUUUAGGUCCAGAUUUUAGUCAUUUAUCAAAAACGAAAACACGUCUUUGUAUGUUAGCAAAAGCUAAAGGUCGUUUAGCUGCAAGAGUAUCUGCCAGAGAUUUUUUUCCAAAUGAUAUUACAGCUUUGAGUAAAGAAAUUCCAUUAAUUGAUCGAUGGAUACCUAUACAAACUCCAGAUAGUAUAGUGAAACGUGCUAUGGAAGGAUCAUUAAGUAAUGAUGAAGCUAUGGAACGGUUGAUUUUACUUCUUGCUCCUAGACAUUCGUGGAAGUUAUAUAAUGAAAUAGCUCCUGAUUACAAAUGGACAGCGAAUACUUUGCAUCGUUUGCUCGAUCUUUUAUGUGUUACAAAUAGUGGUCGAGGUGGAGCUCAUCCUCAUGUAUUAUUAAAUAAUUAUGAUUGGAGUAAUCUUCCAGAUCCAGAUGAAAUUUAUCUAACGCAUCAUUUCAAUAUUACACCUUAUAAUGAUAGACAAAUAAUAGCUAAACGAAAUGAAUUAGAAAAUACCACAAAUGCUGAAAUUAAUGAUGAAUUUACAGACAACAAUGUAUCAUCCGGUGAAGUGAAUAAUUGGAGUUUAGAUACACAAGCAGAGAAAUUGUUUCACAAAGAAUUUAACAUUCUUAACACUCCAGCAGGUUAUCGUAGUAUGAUUCGUGGUGCAGCUAGAUUUGGUAAUGCUGAUCGUGCUUUUGAAUUGACUAAACUUGCAUGGGAAUCAAAACAUGGUGAUAAAUGUCUUGAUCUAGCCACUUAUAAUCAAUUAAUUCGUUGUUUACAUCAAUUAACAAUUGUAAAGAAUGAUGAAGAAAAUAUUUGGGAUAUUAUUGUGAAUAUUUUAGAACAUGUAAAAAUAUGUGGAGAUCCAAUAAACAUUUCAAUUUUUACUAAUAUUCUUUAUACAUUAGCACAAGCAAGUGUUCAAGUGAAAUCAACAUCACAUUUAUCUGAUAAAAAUUAUGUUUCAAUAGGUUUAGGCUUACUAAGUGAAUUAAAACGAUUAAAUUUAAAACCUGAACUUGGUACAUUAGCUAAUUUAUUGUUGUUAAUCUAUAGAACACCGGCACCUGUAAAUCGAUCGUCUACUUCAACAACAAAUAGAUCUAUGUUAAGUAAAAAUUUGAUCAAUAAUAAUACGGAUUAUUCCACAUAUAAGUGUUCGGAUCUAAUAGAUAACUUAUUAAACGAAGUAGAAAUCUAUUUUAAUAACAAUAAUAUUAAUGGAACAGGUGGAUCACCUCAACGUUUUGAUGCAUGGACUAUGGAUGAUUAUACAUUUUUUCCCAUAGCAAUGAAAUGUGCAUUAAAUGAAACUAAUGUAAAAUUAGGUCAACGAAUUCAUAAUUUAUUAACUCAUUAUGAAGACAGAACAUUUUUAUUAUCUAAUAAUCAUAUAAAACGUGAUUAUUUACAUAAUUAUUGUAAAUUAAUGUUUCAAUUUAAUGAAUCUAAUGUAAAUGAAUGUGAACAACUAAUUGAACGUUAUCAUAACACUUAUUGUCAUUAUCCUGAUGUGGUUUUAUCGUCAAAAGGCUUACUGGAUAGUCUAAUGAAAAAUUAUAAACGUAUAUUAAAUUUAUGCGAUAGUUAUGCUAUAAAGAAACUAAACAUACCUUCAACAAUAAUAUUUUGUGAACAAAAUAUCAGUUCAAUGAAAUUGUCCAUAUACAAUCACUUAUGUAGAUUGUUGAAUGAUUUACUGAACAUUGAAUUCAUUUACUAUUUACAAAUCAAUCCAAGCACAAUUGAACAGUUAACACUUAUGGUAUGCGAACGCGCUACUAUUAACCCAAAAGAUGCAUUAGAUUUGUCUAUGAAAAUAACAAAUAUUUUAAAGAAGUUAGAUAAUGAUUUAAUAAGGCCAAUUAGCAAUACUUCUACGACUGGAUUCCAUUAUGACGAUAGUGGAGUGAAAAUCGAUCAAUCUUUUGUGGAAAAGUAUAAACAAUUUGUUGCAUUUAUGGUAAACAAAUGUACUAAAUUAUGUUUUCCAAUUUUUGAAGAAUUAUCUGUUGAUUAUAACAACAAUAAUAAAAAUAGCCGUGAAGAAUAUUUAACUUGGAAAACAAAACUAAUUAAUACACUAUAUGAUUGGUUUCGUUAUGCUGAAAAGCAUAAUUCGAUAACGUGGGAAUGGGCACUGAAAGGAUUAUACAUUUUAUGGAGAGAAGAUGAUUUUAUACAAGUGGAUUUUAUGUGGAACGUUAUAGAAUGUUUGGUGAAACAAGAUGAAGAAUUCACAAAUUGUGUUACGGAACAACGAAACUUACUAGAACCAAUGUUAAACACAUUAGAAAAAUCCAUUUUAAAAACCCCGCAACAAGAUAUUGAAUCUAUCGAAAAAUUAAAGUGUUUACAGUCCCUGAGGAAUGCUUUUCAAGUCACAGACUCUACAAAUACAUUACCCCUGUAUUCUAAUGGGUCUAUUCCCGUUUAAAUUUGCGCCGAAAAUCCUCAGUAAAUAUAUAAAUAUCCAUCUUGUUCCAAACAAUUUAUUAUAUUAAUGAUAGUUGUAUUCUGACCAUAUAUUGGAAAGAGAAUUGUAAAUAGAUA